CUGGACUGCAAAACGAUAGUGCUGACAGCCCCCAGCUUUCUAUUAUUAGACCGAGGCCCACCCUCGGUCCUCAUGUACACUGGGGACAGAGCCUCCUCUUUACCGACGACAAAUUUAGCCAAUUUGGUUGGGCAACUUGGGGUCCGGCCAUUCUGUAUAAAACUAGGUAGCUAACCUUGCUGAAGGUCGCAUGUAUUGCCAGCUAGCUACACAGUUACCCUACUAUCUGGUUAGCUAGCUAACGUUAGCAACCGCUGGCUUUCAAACUUUAUUUUGACGAUAUUAUUUACUACGAAACAAUAUUUUUACAAUGGCCUCCACUCCUUCUGCUUCUGCACUAUCGGCUGUUCUGCGAUGCAGGGGAAACAUAUUUGCCAGAAACAAAGCUAACAAGAGGCCUCCUCCCGGCAGCGGAUACAGCCUGGGAGUCAAGUGUGGCGCGGCAGGCGAGUCGGGAGUACCUAUACUGGCCAAAGAACACGGAUGGGAAUUCGGUCAUUCUCUCCAAGAUUGGAAGUCUUUUUUUCUGGGACAACGUGUUGAAAUUAGGGAUGGUGUGUUCCUGGCAGUUACGUUGGAAGCUAGUAGAAAAAACACAACAGUCAUGCAUACAGAAUAUCAAACUACAGUCAAUGACAACGAACUAAAAAAAGUUUCGAAGACUGCUUCGCCAACUGAUCGGAUCGGAUCUAUUGACUUUAUACAUGCGAGUUUGUCGCAACCGACCAGUGACCGACCGAGAUUUAGGAGUGAGUCUACGAACUCAUUACGAAUACGUAUAUUUACUUCUGUGAUAAGAAAGUGCCUUGGAAUAGAAAGCUAUGAAGACAAUGGUGUGGCUGUGUCAUCGAAGAGCGAUAACUUAUUUUUAGAAAAAGCCGCCGCUUGUAAGGUUUUGUGUAUAUCAAUUAGUUAUUUACCUAAAUCGGAUAGAGCCGGAGAACAAAUAACUGAACCAGUUGUAUUGUCUUGGAACGGCUGGACAACUCUCAAGAAUGGAUGCAUCAUAUUAACUGUGAUCUUUUCUGAAAUGGUGCGGAUGCAAUUUGGGUUGGAAAACGGUCGCUUCUCCAUUCCUUCAGUCUUAACGCCUGUUGUAGAAAUCCCGAAGACUCAGUCAGUCAAAAGCCAGUCCUUAUCAAUUAGUCACAGCGCCCAAAUAAUGGGAAAGGAUUUGAAUGGACAAAGCGAUACCGACCAGAAAGUGGAGCUAGGGGAUGGGAGGCUCAGAACAAGUGAUCCUCAGCCUAUGAAAGAAAUCACCAAAUUGGGCAAGCUGGACUGAGACAGAAUGGCAGAAUCGACAUGAUGCGUGAUGACUGCGUGAUACGAGCAGCAAAAUAUCUCUUGACAGAUUUUUAUGUUUUUUUUUAUUUUUUUUUUAAUCUCUGACUGAAUUGCACCCCCCAAUCCACGUGAAGGGGGUAAAAAAAAAUGCACUUGAUAUUUUUGUAGGUGUAUCAGAAGCCAAUCCUCCCAAGAAUUCUGGAACCCAAUAUUAUAUUACACAGGGGUGGAGUGCCAAGAAAUAUGAUUUGUAUUGGGGUUCAUUAUAAAUAAACAAAAUACCUUGGUACAUAUCACAGUGGAGCUAGGGUGACCUGGGGGCUGUACUACGAAUGGAGUUUAAAGGUACAAUAGGUAAGGUUUUUGUGUUAAAACAUUGUUACAAAACCAUUGUAAAUCCCUUUCUAUCAUUGAAAAAGACCCACUGACAUGUUGACUCACCCUAUAUUUAUAAUCCUGUCCAGUUGAAGCACCGACACUGUACCAAAACAUUAUAUUGCUGUACAAUAAUUCAAGCUCCUUUGUUGGAAAUUGGUUCUAAUUGCCACAGCCAAUGGCGUUUGAACAUCAGUGCGUUAAUUCAGAGAAGGGGGAGAGAUAAACAGUGUUGUGGUUGGAGGGUGUUUGUUGCUGCAGCUCCUCUCUUGACUGUUAGGUGUACCUUUAACAUAGGUUACCCAGUGUUUCUUUGAUUACCUGGCUUCACAAAACCAAACCGUUAUCGGGCAUAAUGGGUACUACGAAGGUGGUUACCAUUUACAUUACAUUAUUGGCAUUUGGCAGACGACUUACAGUUGAUUAGACUAAGCAGGAGACAAUCCUCCCCUGGAGCAAUGGUGGGUUAAGGGCCUUGCUCAAGGGCCCAACGGCUGUGUGGAUCUUAUUGUGGCUACACUGGGAUUCAAACCCCAAACCUGGCCUGUCCCAGUCAUUUACGCGCGUUCACAUAAGUUGCAGUGCAUGCAAAAAUGAGCCAAAAGCACUGCAGCUUGUGCCGUCGGCUAAUUGAGUGGCAUAUUUCUCACCUGAGGAAAAAACUGAUAUGGACGGAUAUGAAGAAGAACAUAAAACACUCAUAGGCAACUAGCAAAAAGUAACAUUGAUUCAGCCAACAAUACCAAUGACAACUUGUCAAAAAUGGCUAUUGGUGUAAAUUCAUUAUUUAUGAACUUAUUUUUAAGUGAAAUAAGUUCAUGCUUGCAAUAGAUGAUGCAGGUCGACUGGGUUUCCUGAUAUGAUAGUUCACCUAAUAUCCCUACCUCAGUAAAAUGACAGACCUGGAUUAACUGUUCCAUGUAAUGUAUACAUACAUUGGAGACCUGUGUGAAUAAGGCUAUUGCAGAUGAGUGUAUAGUAUUUGAGAAAAUGCCCUUGGCUUCCAGAUGAAAGAAGCAUCAUAAUAUACACUGUGUUCCCAAAGUUAGGUGAAUUGUCAUAAAUUUUGACAAAAUAUGUAUCAUUAUAUUAAUCACUUGCUGCUACAAUAUAAACACUAGGAUUUGGAUAUGAAAUAUAAACACUAAACACUGCAUACCAAAGCCUGUUUGCCCAGAGAUUAUGGAGAUGUGAACCUUUGUUGAAGCAAAGGAUGACAUUCAACUGAAUACUAAACUACCCUACUUCAUAUUGGAGAUUAAUCAUCACUGCAUUUUAUGGGCUUUACUUUAAUUCACUGGAAAUAAACCUAUUAAAUGACACAGGCCUUGUAAAUGUUAAUAUGGUAUGUGCUUGCCGAAAUGAUUCAAGUGAUUCAUUGAACAAAAUAAAAGUUGAC